AUGCGCGCCGCGAAGGACGCGAUCUUGCAGGCUGUGCCGAACGCGAAAGUCGCCGCGGUGCGCGUCGACGAGUACCCCAUCACGGUGACCGUGAGCAAAGGCGGGGAGACGAUCUGGAGCGGACGGCAGCAGGGGUUGUUCGGUAAGAACGGGAGACCCGCGCAGAGGGAAAUCAUCGAAGCGCUGCGGAAGCGCUGA